GAUGACGUCCCGGCUGUCUUAUCAAUCGCUCACGCCACUGAUUGGCGCGCCCGACGCGUCCGGAAUUGCGGGAUAAACACUCGAGACACUGGGGGAUCACACGAGCAUUUCACUUCGUUCUGAUCGCUGCAUUUCUCGCGCUUUUAUAAUGCGCCGUCCGCUGUGAUCUUCUCCAUCGCCGCCCAUUGAUUCUGGGGCGCGACCUCGUGGGUUGAUAGUGCGAUUGCUGCGACCGUCUGUCAAGUCCUCACGGUACAGUUGCGCGCGUGCGCUUCAACGGUGCGCUCCGUGACCGUUGGACUUUUAUCGAGACUGGCCCUUUUUGCAGCUCAACGGCCUCGAGGAUACUAUGGAUAGCGAAAUUCCUCUUCCUCCGCCGCGGCGGAUCCGCCACCGCUCACCUACGAAGCAAGCGUCCGCGCAGUCGAUCCCUGAAGCAUUCUUCCACAAGCCGCAUCAUCCAUCGCGCUCACGACUCGAUGACCUCUCGAGUCAGCCUUCCAGCGACCCCGCGCUGUUUUCCAGCGAUGACACGCCCGCGUCCGGUCUCGAGAAUUACCACCAUGGCAUCAGCUGUGGAGGACUAUCGCGGAAGAGGCGGUAUCGAGGCACCUGGUGGGGGGAGAUGGUGAUGGAUCCGAAACGCAAGAGGGCGGAUUUCAAGGAAAAGAGAAACGUUGACAGUGGUGUUUGGAUGGCGAGCGAUGACUCGUCUGUGGAGCUUUUCUCGUCUACGUCGGAAGAUGCCAACUCGUGCGGCGAGGACUUUCUCAAGAAUGCAACGGACUCGAAGGCAACCAGAUGGUCUUCUUCCAAUGCCAUCACGGAUGCGAUCUCCAAGGGACACCAGGAGUCGCGCAAUGGCCCCGUCGUUCAGCCUCGUGCUGCGUUUCGACGGGAGGAGCCCAAGGAGCAUCAGGUGGCGCGGUCCAUUGUGAAUGACUGUCUGGACAAGGGCCAAGAUGGCAUUGACUUGAGCCACGGGGAUCUGAAGACAAUUCCAAACGGUCUCCUUCGACCAUUGCUUCAUCUGACGAAGCAGCCUUGUGUCAAAGAGGCACCGGUCACGGAAGAAGUCUAUAGUUCCUUAGAGCCGUUUCUACAGCUAUUCUUGUCGGGCAAUCUGCUGACAAGUCUACCCGCGGAACUUUUUGAACUGGGGAGCUUGAAGGUCCUCAGUUUGCGCAACAACAAACUCCACGAGCUUCCGGCCGCUAUCCGAAAGUUGACCAUGUUACAGGAGAUCAAUGUUUCAGUUAACAGGCUUCAAUACCUACCCUGGGAGCUCCUGUGGCUGAUUUGGAAGGGCGAUCUCAAACAUGUGACAUUGCGCCCAAAUCCAUUCCUCCAGAUUGAAGAUGCUACCAUUGAAGAGUGGCAUUACAGGAAUCCGGACGGUCAGAUACCUUCCAAGGAAGACACCCGACUCUUCGAGUACGAAGGUCCGGCGCCAGAAGAAGCGUGGGCCCCGAUCCACGUUGCCACGGGCCCAGUCAGCUUUUUCAACAUGGAAGGGCUGCCUGUGGCAGAGGGGAAGAGCUUUAACAAGUACAAAAACUCCACAAAUACCUCGCGGGUGCCGUCUUUACGCGAGCUCUCCCUUUUGGCAUGCAACCAAAACCCGUACUUUGACCAGCUUCUUGCCUCAGACCUCUCAUACUUCCCGAGUCCCGUGGUGCGAUUACUCCAGCAGGCUCGGGAUAUUAGAGAUGUUGGUGGCCGCUCCUGUUCCGUGUGCCACCGCAGCUUCGUGGUUCCGCGUACGCAGUGGAUUGAGUGGUGGGACUGUACAACCUACGAGUCCGGUCUUAAAGGACCCCGGCCAUCCAAAGAGAAGCUGCGUCCUUUACCGUUCCUGCGACGGGGUUGCAGCUGGGCCUGUGUUCCUGGUGCCGACAAGGACCUUACAGAGAGAAAACACCCCGGGAAGCGGUAAUCAGCGAGAGAUUUCCACGAGGGACUAGAACCCUCUAUCUACCCGCUUUACAUGAGCUACGUUCUUCGAAGACGCUUAGUUCCAACUUGACUUUCCUCGCUUGCGACAAGGGACAGUCUACGUUCGUGUAUAUUGUUGAGCUGAUCAGCGUAGAAAUAUUUUCACUUUCACGGCUUUCAGCGAUGGAUAUUCUCGACCAGUGACCAUUUUGACACAGGUGAUAUGCGUGAUUCGUGCAUUCUUACUGAGGCUAUUGUAUGUAUUUCAAUGUACGGUACAUUUUUAUUAGGAGGCUGUGCACACCUUGGGAAUAGGAGCCCGUUUUCCCGCAAAGAUUAUUCUAGACAGUAAACCACAGCUAGUUAUUGAAUAACACAGUAUUGCGUUCUAUUUAUUCUCUAUCCAAUGC